AUGGCUCCUCAAAUUGCAUGGAUUGGCCUUGGCAACAUGGGCCGUGGCAUGGUGAAGAAUUUGGUGGAGAAGGGCGACCUUUCCAACCCCAUCAUUCUCUUCAACCGUACCCAAGCUCGCGCCGAUAAGCUCGCUGAAAGUCUUGGAUCUGGCAAGGCCAAGGUUGUCUCUAGCAUUGAAGAGGCCGUCAACGCUUCAGAUAUCAUCUUCACUUGCGUGGGAGACGACAAGGCUAUUGAGGAGACUAUCAACUCUGCUCUCAAUGGAAACGCAAAGGGCAAGUUGUUCGUAGACUGCUCUACUGUUCACCCCGACACCACAGACAAGCUCGCAAAGACCAUCAAUGGUGCAGGUGCUGAGUUCGUGGCUUGUCCCGUCUUUGGUGCUCCUGCAAUGGCAGAUGCAGGUCAGCUUGUAUGCGUGCUGGCUGGUCCUGCUGGUGCUGUCGACAAGGUCAAGCCUUACACGACUGGCGUCAUGGGUCGUGCCGUUAUUGACUACUCUGGCGAACCUCAUGGAUCCGCCACAAGACUAAAGAUUAUUGGAAACACCUUUAUCCUCAACAUGGUCGAGACUCUGUCUGAAGGUCACACUCUUGCCGAGAAGUCGGGUCUUGGUUCAGACAGACUUCAUCAGUUCGUCGAGACCAUGUUCCCUGGUCCUUACACUGCGUACAGCAACCGCUUGCGCCAGGGCGACUAUUACAAGCGUGAAGAGCCAUUGUUUGCCGUCGACCUUGCUAGAAAAGAUGCUGGACAUGCCUUGGCUUUGGCAAAGACUCACGGUGUCAAGAUGAGAGACGUCGAGGUUGCCGACCAGCAUUUGGCACAAGUCCAGAAGCACAUGGGCAGCAAAGGCGAUAUUGCUGGCAUCUAUGGUGCUGUCAGACAGGAGGCAGAUCUAAAGUUUGAGAACUAG